AUGAAGGCAUCUGGGAGCAGUACUGGCAGCGCCGUGGCCACGACCCUCGGCUUGACCUUUGCCGCGCUUGGCACCGAGGCUGAUGGAAGCAUCUGUAACCCUGCCGGCAAAGCGAGUCUGGUCGGCCUCAAGCCAACGACGGGACUGGUCUCGCGCGAUGGUGUCAUCCCCGCUUCAAACCGUCUCGACACCGUUGGCCUCUUCACCCGCAGAGUCAGAGACUCAGCUGCCAUUCUCAGUGUUAUUGCCGGCAAAAGCGACCGUGACUCGCGCACGCAAGAUAUCCCCUUCGACACAAUCCCCAACUAUGUCGCGGCUUGCAGCUCUACGGACCUCGGAGGAAUUCGUAUUGGCAUUCCGAGGCAGUCUAUCGGCUCCGUAGAGCCGGCCGAAACCGAAGCCUUUGAGAAGGCCAUCCAGGAGCUGAAAUCUGCUGGAGCGGAAAUUGUCGAUGAUGUGAAGCUAACUGCCGCCGACGAGUGGGAGUCGUAUUCUUCCCACGACAGAAUGUCAGUCACAAUCGCCGAUCUGGCGGAAAGCCUCGAAAAGUACUUUGCAACAUUGGAGACAAACCCCAAUGGUCUACACUCCCUCAAAGAUCUCAUCGACUACACAAGGAACACACCAGAGGAAGAUUUUGCUCACUACAACACGGCAACCUUUGAAAUGGCACUGGACCAUGAUCACUACGCUUCUGACAAAUUUGCGAAAUUGGACAAGCUGCGAGAGUUUAUCACAGCGGGGGGUGGACUUGGGGCAGCAUUGAACAGAGAAAACCUCGACGUCCUGGUGGUUCCCACAGCAGCUUCCACGCCAGUGACAUUUGCAAGCCUGGAGGGCUCUCCCCUCAUCACCGUCCCUCUAGGCUUCCAUGGCCCGGAUACUCCCGUGGUGAAGGAAAAGAAAGGCGAUCUAUACAAUACUAACUACGUAUUCUUGUUUGCUCUAUACAGUUUCCCGAUAUGCUUCCUCGGAAGACGGUUUGCCGAGGAGAAGCUCUUGCAAAUCGCCUAUGCGUUUGAGCUCAUUCACAACCCCGGCAAGGGGGAGAUGUACAAACUGCCCGAGUCGGACCUCAAGACAACGAUCGGGAGGAUACCUAAUCAAGGAGCAAGCACGUCCAGUAGGUCCGAUUCGCCAUCACCUCUGCUAUUUGAGUUGUUUGCCGGGCUUGAUGAGCUCCGGGAAGCCUUGAGCGACCGAGUUACCGAGACAAGUGACGCACAACUUGCGUACUGCUCUCGUCAUCUGCGACAUCUUUUGAGCAGUUCCCAGUUCCAGAGAAGGCUAUUUGUCGAUACUCCCGACCGGACGGAACCAUACACUACCGAGCUUUCGGCAAUCGCAAAUGUGGCCAAAACCAUAUCUCAACAUGUACAUUCGACUUUUGGCGAAGUCGUUGGGACCAUGAGGAGUAAUGGAGGACUACCACAAAAUGAAUCAGGAGACCCUCGUUUCAAUGCAGAAGCAAUCCAACUGAUCUUUCUUUUCGUCGGGUGGAUUACUUGCCUUUACAAUCCAAUCGUGGAUGGCCUCCCGGAUCGGCUGACAGUGAAACAAGAAAGCAAAUCCCUCUUCGAACAACCGCAGCAACCUCUAGAUGGGAAAAAGCAUCUCAGUCUGUUCAUCCAUGAUUUUGGCAUGGUUCUUUUCAAGAAAGUACACGGACCGGACCUGUCAACUUUGUCAUCGUCUGACGAUGUCAUUCAGGUUUCCAUUCUCAACGCAGCUCACCUGAGACAAGUUCGCAAGUUGAGAAUUGAGUGGACACGAUCCAUUGGUACCCAUCUCGAGCUUGACACGUCGGCAAAUUGCCUCAAGCUUUUCUGCCUAACUUCCAUUCCACAUUUGCAGUUCCGGAAUCCUUCCUCGCCGCUUUGCCAAUUCAUCUCAACUUUUUAUGAUGACCAUACCCGACCAGACGGGUUCACUACCCAGGGACUUGUUGAUGAGAUCAUGCUCAGCUAUGAAAUCAUCUUCCAGAACAAUUCUGGCGCAAAGAAGGUCUAUCGAAAGCAGAGAAAAACGAUUAGGAAGCAGCACGGGGAAGAUAUUGACCCAUUACUGGACGAACAGUGCGGGUUCAGUCUGUCCAGUCGCAAUUCCAACGCCGUAGACAAGUCCAAGAACCGACAGCAAACCUUCCGAAAGGUCGAAUUUCCCAUUCUAGGCGAUCGCCUUAUGGAAUUGCAGGCAUUUGCUCGACAAGAGCCCGCCAACAAGUUCUGGCGUAUCAUCAGAGACAAGAGCGAUACGAAGGAGUGGUACCAGUUCAUUGUCGUGGUCAUUUUCGGAUCUGUUGCCUUACUUUUGGCGGUCACAAACACCGGCCUGGCUAUCGCCCAGCUUGUCUUUGCGAUCAAGACUUAUAAUCUUGAGAAGUCGGGAUCCAACAACCGAUACGCCGCGGCCUGUAGUCACAUACUCAGUCCCCCCAAAAUUCAAAGCGAAGACCAACUCAACCCUGAACCCUCCUCAGUGCCAGUCAAGAUGGUUGACGAGUUUAUGCUAUACACUUCGGUGCGCUAUGACCCAGCCCUACUAGAAGUUCCGGACCAUCCUGAAUAUGCCUAUGCCGGAUGGAAUUUCGAGAACCGGUCCGCAAUCUACAUGUUGGACUUUCAUCGCGACCGUAUGGCCCGAGCCGCAGAGAAUUGGGGGUGGGGUCAGGCUAUAGAAGCAGUUACAGGGGAGGCCGGACUCCGCCGACUAGAGGCGGAUAUCGAAGAGGAAGUCGCAAGAAGGUCACCAGGAGCAGGUGGUGCUGUGAGGCUAAGAGUUCACCUAACAAAGGCUGGCCAGCUGAGAUAUACAGUUUUGGACACAUUGCCAGGCCCACUCGAGCGACUAUUGCCUAUGAAGCUUCCUGUCCCUGGCCACCAUAGCUCAACAGCCGGCUCAGGACUGCCUCCAAAGACUCCAGGGCUUGCGGUUAGACUAGACCCCUCAACAACCUCAAGCUCUAUGUGGACACAUUUCAAGACGACCUUCAGAAGGAUGUAUGAUGCUGCUCGUGAGCGUUGCCAUAUCAGAGAAGGCGAAGAUGCUGAAGUAUUACUCGUCAGUGAUGUGGAUGGCUCCGUUAUGGAAGCAAGUCGAGCUACGCCGUACUUCUAUCGCGACGGCAGAUGGGUCACGCCUCCAGUCUGGGCUCAACCCUCGACGACCGCAGGGAGCGGAGGCCAGGAUGGAACUACUAGAAGAUGGGCUUUGGACCGGGGCUUGGCUGUUAAAAGACCGUCCUUGCGGGUUCUCUAG